GGGCGGAGGAAGGUGGGGUCGCGGAGUGUGUGACACGCGCGGGGAGCGGCGGCCGGCUGCGGCCCGCGGGAGGAGGAGGAGGAGGAGGAGCGGGGAGUCCCGACGCGGCCGCGGGAGCCCCCGGGCGGGCGGGCGGCGGCGGCGCCCCCGGAAGGUGGCGGCGGCGGCGGCGGGAGCUGCGGUAGCGGUUGGGAUUUACCGCGGUGGUGGCGGUUGGCGCUGACCGGCAGGGGAGCGCGCCGCGCGGCGGGGACCGUGCCCGCGGCGCCCCCUCCCCCUCCCUCCCCGGGGCCGCCGCCUCUCGGGUUGAUCCCCCCCCUUGCCCCCCCCCGCCCGGACCAUGGCCGACGACGACGUGCUGUUCGAGGACGUGUACGAGCUCUGCGAGGUGAUCGGCAAGGGUCCAUUCAGCGUUGUGCGGCGAUGUAUCAACAGGGAAACAGGACAACAGUUUGCUGUAAAGAUUGUCGAUGUAGCAAAAUUUACUUCAAGUCCUGGAUUAAGCACAGAAGAUCUGAAGAGGGAAGCCAGUAUUUGUCACAUGCUGAAGCAUCCUCAUAUUGUUGAACUACUGGAGACAUACAGCUCAGAUGGAAUGCUUUAUAUGGUCUUUGAGUUUAUGGAUGGAGCAGAUCUGUGUUUUGAAAUUGUGAAAAGAGCAGAUGCUGGAUUUGUGUACAGCGAGGCUGUAGCCAGUCAUUACAUGAGACAGAUAUUGGAAGCUCUACGUUACUGUCAUGAUAAUAAUAUAAUUCACAGGGAUGUAAAGCCACACUGUGUACUGCUUGCUUCAAAAGAGAAUUCAGCCCCAGUAAAGCUUGGUGGCUUUGGGGUAGCAAUUCAGUUAGGAGAGUCUGGGCUAGUUGCUGGAGGACGUGUAGGAACACCUCAUUUUAUGGCCCCAGAAGUGGUAAAAAGGGAACCUUAUGGGAAGCCUGUAGAUGUUUGGGGUUGUGGAGUGAUCCUUUUUAUCCUGCUAAGUGGUUGUUUGCCUUUUUACGGAACCAAGGAAAGAUUAUUUGAAGGCAUUAUUAAAGGAAAAUACAAGAUGAAUCCUAGGCAAUGGAGCCAUAUUUCUGAAAGUGCCAAAGAUCUGGUACGCCGUAUGCUUAUGCUGGAUCCAGCAGAAAGGAUAACAGUAUAUGAAGCACUGAACCAUCCCUGGUUAAAGGAGAGAGAUCGCUAUGCAUACAAGAUUCAUCUUCCAGAAACAGUAGAACAACUGAGAAAAUUCAAUGCAAGACGAAAACUAAAGGGGGCAGUACUAGCAGCUGUGUCAAGCCACAAAUUCAACUCCUUCUAUGGUGACCCCCCUGAAGAGCUGCCAGACUUCUCUGAAGACCCCACCUCCUCAGGAGCAGUCUCACAGGUGCUGGACAGCCUGGAAGAAAUCCAUGCACUUACAGACUGCAGUGAGAAAGACUUAGAUUUUCUUCACAGUGUUUUCCAGGAUCAGCAUCUUCACACGCUACUAGAUCUUUACGACAAAAUAAACACAAAAUCUUCACCACAGAUCAGGAAUCCUCCAAGUGAUGCUGUACAGAGAGCCAAAGAGGUAUUGGAAGAAAUUUCAUGUUACCCAGAGAACAAUGAUGCAAAGGAACUAAAGCGUAUUUUAACACAACCUCAUUUCAUGGCCUUACUUCAAACUCAUGAUGUAGUGGCACAUGAAGUUUACAGUGAUGAAGCACUGAGAGUUACACCUCCUCCCACAUCUCCAUACUUAAACGGAGAUUCUCCAGAAAGCGCCAACGGCGACAUGGAUAUGGAGAAUGUAACACGAGUUCGACUGGUGCAGUUCCAGAAGAACACAGAUGAGCCAAUGGGAAUCACUUUAAAAAUGAAUGAGCUGAACCACUGCAUUGUGGCAAGAAUUAUGCACGGAGGAAUGAUUCACCGGCAAGGUACGCUACAUGUAGGGGAUGAAAUCCGAGAAAUAAACGGAAUCAGUGUGGCAAAUCAAACUGUAGAACAACUACAAAAAAUGCUUAGAGAAAUGCGUGGAAGUAUCACCUUUAAGAUUGUGCCAAGUUAUCGCACGCAAUCUUCAUCCUGUGAGAGAGAUUCCCCCUCUACAUCCAGACAGUCCCCAGCUAAUGGCCAUAGCAGCACUAACAAUUCUGUUUCGGACUUGCCAUCGACAACACAACCAAAAGGACGACAGAUAUAUGUAAGAGCACAAUUUGAAUAUGAUCCAGCAAAGGAUGACCUCAUUCCUUGCAAAGAAGCUGGCAUCAGAUUCCGAGUUGGUGAUAUUAUCCAAAUCAUUAGCAAAGAUGAUCACAACUGGUGGCAGGGUAAACUUGAGAACUCCAAAAAUGGUACUGCAGGUCUUAUUCCUUCUCCUGAACUUCAAGAAUGGCGAGUUGCUUGUAUUGCCAUGGAGAAGACCAAACAGGAGCAACAGGCCAGCUGUACUUGGUUUGGAAAGAAAAAAAAGCAGUACAAAGACAAAUAUUUGGCAAAGCACAAUGCAGUGUUUGAUCAAUUAGAUCUCGUCACAUAUGAAGAAGUGGUAAAACUGCCAGCAUUCAAAAGGAAAACACUAGUCUUACUAGGUGCACAUGGUGUUGGAAGAAGACACAUAAAAAACACACUCAUCACAAAACACCCAGACAGAUUUGCUUACCCCAUUCCUCACACAACCCGACCUCCAAAGAAAGAUGAAGAAAACGGGAAAAAUUACUACUUUGUAUCGCAUGACCAAAUGAUGCAGGAUAUAUCAAACAAUGAAUAUUUGGAAUAUGGCAGCCAUGAGGAUGCAAUGUAUGGGACAAAACUGGAAACAAUACGAAAGAUCCACGAGCAGGGACUAAUUGCAAUACUUGAUGUAGAACCUCAGGCAUUGAAGGUCCUGAGAACUGCAGAGUUUGCUCCUUUUGUUGUUUUUAUUGCUGCACCUACGAUUACCCCAGGCAUUAAUGAGGAUGAAUCUCUUCAGCGCCUGCAGAAGGAAUCUGAAAUCUUACAGAGAACAUAUGCACACUACUUUGACCUAACAAUUAUCAACAAUGAAAUUGAUGAAACUAUCAGGCACCUGGAGGAAGCCAUCGAGCUUGUGUGUACAGCCUCACAGUGGGUCCCAGUCUCCUGGGUCUACUAGACCAGUCACGAGAAUUGAAAAAAAAAAUAAUCUGUCAUUACUGGGAACCACCUCAUACAUGGAAAACCUCUUCGUUAUUGACCUUGUGUCAACAGGUCUUGGCCCCUAGAGACUACCUAGAUGUAGUGUGACCUAAAAUAUAAUUAUUGUCAUGUCCGAAUAGAUAGGAGGAGGGGGAAAAAAAAUUAAACACUAAUUUAAAGAGACAGUAUCUUUUUUUUAAUCAUUUCUCCUAAACUUUAAUAAAAUGUAUCUUUAAAUAUAUGUAUUAUUCAGUCCUUUGGAAUGUUAUAUUUUUGGAAAUCAUAGCUUUUUAUUUCAAGGGCCCCUAAAAACUGCACAAAAUAGAUGCUGCUUUCUAUAAUCUAUUUUAAUAGUAAUAAUAAUAUGAUUCUGUUACCUUAACUUGGGGGUGGAACACUACAUUCUUUUUAGAGUCUGAUUUUAUGGAUUGGAAUACUUUGCUUUCCUUUAUUUAUUUGAAGUAAUUAGUCUAGUGGUUACGAAACAAAUUCAUAAAUUUUAAAGGCCUUUUUUCGCGCUUUUUUUUUCCUAGGAUAGUAUUUUUAAGUACUUUUGUGUAACAUCCAGAUAAUGUGAUACUGUCUCUUUGAAGAACUCUGUAAAACUUUUAGAAAUUUGAAAUUGGGUCUUGACUCUUAAUGCAUGUGGACAGUCGCAAGCGUUCAUGCCGUUGGUGUAUCUGUGUUGAUAAAACCUGUAAUCUACAGCAAAGUACAUUCCGUUCAUGGGAACACGUACCCAAGGGAAUAAAGUAAAAUAUUAUUCUGACUAAGUUGUAAACCUAUGCACAUCCCUUGCAUUUUGGGCAACUUUAUAAAAAAAAAACCUGAUUUUUAUUAAUAAUAAUCAUGUAGUGAAAUGUGUUUGUAAUUUUGUCUCAAUUUAAUUUGUUGUAAGGUGGGAGGGGGCAAUUACUGGUUUCACCAUUUCAGAUCUGUGUUGUCUGAGAGUAUUAACGUUUUAAUUAAGUUUAAGCAAAGAAAUGCUGAUUUUUAAUAUGUAUGUAAUUGUUUAAAAAUGCACACAUUUUAAAAGAAAAUACUGUGCAAUGAAGAAACCAGUUUAGGCAUUGCGAUAAACUGACUAUUCCAAAAGACUCAUCUACAACAGCCCUGUAAAUUCCUUUAAAAUGGUAAUUGACUCUACAGUCUGACCAAUUUUUUUUAUUUUAAAUAUACUUCCUUUUAUGUGUUCAACAAUUAAA